AUGGCAAAUGUUUCAGAAGAUGAAUUAGAGCUGGAAAGACAAGUUGAAAUCAUGAACAAGCCAGCGGUCAAGACAUUUGUGGGAAAGGAAGGGGAUAUCAUUGAUUGUGUUGAUAUUAACAAACAACCUGCUCUUGAUCAUCCUCUAUUGAAGAAUCACAGAGUUCAGGUGGAACCCAAAUUACAUUUUAAUAGGUUCGAGAGAUUUUCUCCAAAUGAAAAAUUUGUAAAGUUUAGAUGGCGAGAACCUUGCCCUGUUGGAACAGUACCCAUUUCUCGAGUAACAAAAGAAAAUUUGAGAAGGGCAAGAUCUCUACCUAAAAUGCCGUCUAUGGCGGCUGUGGAGCAUGAUGCUAUUGCUUCUAAUCAACAUGGCAAUGGCCAUCGAGACGGGUGCUAUAAUGUUUUAUGUCGCGGCUUUAUCCAGAUUGAUAGGGAAUUAAGCCCUGGAACUCCUAUGCGCGCUGCUUCUACUUAUGGAAGGGAUGUUUUUGCGCUUGAAAUCCGAAUUGAUCAGGAUAGAGAUACUGGAAACUGGUGGCUGCAUUGCGAUAAUCCGGCGAUAAACGUUGGUUACUGGCCAAAGGAGCUCUUCUUAUACUUGCGCAAUGGUUCUCUCCAUACAGCUUGGGGCGGAGUUAGCCUUGCCGGAAGCAAUGGAGUUUGUCCCCCCAUGGGAAGCGGACACAAGCCCGACGGGGAUUUUCGGCACGCCACGUACUUUCGAACUCUCAAAUGGGUCAGCGCGACAGGCGACGCCUUGCCUCCUUCACGAAAAAUUUCGGAGUGGGUCGAUAAAUCCAAUGUGUAUGGCUUCAAGAAUCAUCACGUUGUGAUACGGCAGAUGAAGGGCUACACGAUUAGCUUCGGAGGCCCCGGGGGUUAUUGCGGAGGCUAA